AUGGCCUUCGCCCAUUACGGGCCCUUCUGGCGCCAGAUGCGCAAGAUCUGCGUGACAAAGGUGUUCAGCCGUAAACGGGCCGAAUCCUGGGCUUCAGUCCGCGAGGAAAUACAUUCGCUUGUUAAAACGGUCCAUUUAAGGAUUGGGUCACCGGUCAAUAUUGGGGAGGCUGUUCUUGGGCUUACCAAGAACAUCACUUAUCGGGCCGCGUUUGGGUCCAUGUCACAAGAGGGCCAGGGGGAGUUUGUGAAGAUCAUGCAGGAGUUUUCAAAGCUGUUUGGGGCUUUCAACAUUGGGGACUUUAUCCCGUGGCUCGGGUGGGUCCACGGUGGGGAUUUUCAAAGGAGGCUUGCCGGGGCUCGCGGGUCGUUAGACGGGUUUAUCGACAAAAUUAUCGACGAUCAUGUUGGUAAGAAGGAUAGAAAGAAAAAUCACGAUUUUGUGGACGUUGAAGAUGACAUGGUCGAUGAGUUGAUCGAGUUUUAUGAUGAGAAUGGCGCAAAAAGUGUUGACCGUAAGUCGUCUGUCAGCAUUACUAGGGACAACAUCAAGGCUCUCAUAAUGGAUGUCAUGUUUGGUGGAACGGAAACCGUGGCCUCAGCCAUAGAGUGGGCCAUGUCUGAACUAAUGCAUAGUUGGGAAGACCUAAAGAAGGUCCAACAAGAGCUCGUCAAUGUAGUGGGCUUGGACCGUCAAGUCAACGAAUCGGAUCUCGAAAAGCUCACGUAUCUAAAAUGUGUCGUCAAAGAGACCCUUCGCCUCCACCCUCCGAUUCCUCUCCUCCUCCAUGAGACCUCAACCGACACAUUUAUCAACGGCUACAAAAUCCCCGCUAGGGCCCGCGUGAUGAUCAACGCGUGGGCUAUCGGGCGUGACGCGAGCGCGUGGGCCGAACCCAAUAAGUUUGACCCGUCCAGAUUCUUGAACGAUGAUGCGCCCGAUUUCAAGGGGAGUAACUUUGAGUUCAUACCGUUUGGGUCGGGCCGGAGGUCGUGCCCCGGGAUUCAACUUGGGCUUUACGCUCUCGAGCUGGCGGUGGCCCAUCUUUGUCAUAGCUUCGAUUGGGAGCUUCCGGAUGGGUUGAAGCCCGAUGACCUCGACAUGAACGAUUUGUUUGGGCUCACGGCUCCUAGAGCGGUCCAACUUGUCGCGAUCCCCAAACAACGCCUUAAUGUUCCUCUAUUUUGA